AGCAUUCUGAGUAUAUACUUAGUAUAUCGUAGUACGUAUUUCGAAAGUUCCUAGAAUACACGCAAUAUACUUCGAUGAUAUUCUCAGAACAUUCUCAGAAUCCACAUGUGCUGUGUGGGGAUAUCAGUCUUUCUCUGAUUUUCAUGCGCUUCUUUGACGCUUAAUAAAUAUCGCGGCUUCAAGAGAAUCGAUAAUCAUAAACAUGUUUUCUCGCAUAACUGAUCUCCCGAUACUUUGGCUAACGUUCGCAUUAGCAUAUAUAUUCGCGAAACCAAUGUUUCCUUACGUGCUGUCAGAUCCGACCUUUGGCUUAUUAAAUCAACAUUUCUCUCAAGUUCCUGAUGCACGAUGUCACAAAUUUUUCUAUUUUCUCUGUAACAAAAAAAGCAAAAUUUUUAAGCCCGGUGAUGGAUUUGAACUGCCAUGGAUACUUACUUACAAAACCACUGUUAAACCGUUGAAACAUCCCCCUAUAAUUAUCUCGAAAAAUAAAAAAAUGGGCAGCCAAAAAACUACGAAGAGCUCUACAUCAAGAAAUGAAACUCCGAAGAGCUCUACAUCAAGAAAUGAAACUCCGAAGAGCUUUACAUCAAGAAAUGAAACUCCGGAGAGCUCUACAUCAAGAAAUGAAACUCCGAAGAGCUCUACAUCAAGAAAUGAAACUCCGAAGAGCUCUACAUCAAGAAAUGAAACUCCGAAGAGCUCUACAUCAAGAAAUGAAACUCCGAAGAGCUCUACAUCAAGAAAUGAAACUCCGAAGAGCUCUACAUCAAGAAAUGAAACUCCAACAGGUCGGUUAUUGCUCGAGGAUAAUUUCAAUUCUUUUAAUGCGUCGUUAUGGAAACGCGAAAUAAAGAUGCCUUUAAAACCGGACUAUGAGUUCUGCGUAUAUCACGAUGAGAAUUAUCAGCAGCUUGUGCAAAUUGACAAUGGUCAAUUAUUCAUAAAGCCGGCUAUAUUAGAGGAUUUGUACGGCGAGAAUGUAUAUGGAAAAUUACAACUCAAUAGGUGUACCAGCACGAACGCUGACGAAUGUUUGCGGCAGGCAUUAUCAUAUAGCAUUCUCCCACCUAUUAUAUCUGCGCGUCUUACCACCAAGGAACGUUUCGUUUUGCGAUACGGAAAAAUCGAAAUACGUGCGAGGUUUCCUCAGGGCGACUGGCUAUAUCCAGAAAUGUGGCUGGAGCCAAAAUAUUCUACGUACGGUGCAAAUUAUGCCAGUGGCCGUGUUCUUUUGGGUAUAUCGCGGGGCAACGAAAACCUGGUGAAUGCCACAAAUGUUUCGAAAAUUUACGAUGCACGAAGAUUAGAUUUUGGUGUGAGAGUAGGCACGUCUCCCAAUAUUCGGGAAAUACUCGUAUCAAAGAUACACGAAUUCGGACCGCGAUGGACGAAGGAUUUUCACGUAUACACGACCAUUUGGACCAGCGACGGUUUCACCUUUUUGGUCGAUGGCGAGGAGAUCGGUCGAGUGAGACCUGACGGAGAAGGAUGGAUGAGUGGUCCUAACAUAGGCAGGAAAAAUGCUCCAUUCGAUCAAGAGUUCUAUAUUACUCUCGGCGUUGGUGCGGGUGGAAUGCGUGUAUUUCCGGAUAACACGACCAGUUCUGGAUCGCCAAAACCAUGGAGAAAUAUAGGCGCUAAGGCAUUGUUGAAUUUCUGGAACUCUCGAAACGAAUGGCUGUCAAGCUGGAGACAAGACGACGGCAAAAAGACUGCUUUUGCUAUAGAUUACGUGAAAGUGUGGUCUCAUUGAAUUAUUGUUUUUUAUUGGUUUACGCCCAUAUGUAACUCAUUUCUUAUUAUUCGUAUCAUUUCUUUUAUCAUACGUAUUUUUUUUUGUAGCGAUAGAUCUCUCAGACUUUCUCGAAUGACAUAUGUACAAGUAGCCAUUCGAUAUCAUUGUAUUAAGCAUCAAUAAAAAUUGGCAAGUC